ACCAAUGAAUAUCUAUGACAUAGAUUCAUACUGGUCAAAUAUAAUUUCUAUAUAGAUGUGGGUGGUGAAUGAUUUCUAUAUAUUUUUUACUAUAGAUAUAUUUUCAAGGUGUUGGUUGCAGCCACAGGCUCAAGAGUGUGUCCCGACGUGCAGCCAGGUCUCUGGGCCUGCUAAACUGCUGCGCAGAGACAGGAAAAUUUCCAGGCGUUCUCGAUCUGCUCGAUGGCUGGCCUUCAGAGCAUGAAAUGGCUUGCUGAUUAUGGAGAGCCGAAAACAGGAGCAGGAGCUGGAGCAGGAGCGAUCGUUGCUCAGGGCGGAUUGAGCAAGCUGCUGCUGACUAAUUGGAAUGCACUUACUCUCAGUCAGCUAAAGGUGUUCGUGAAGGCGAUGCUUCGAGACUACCACGGUGCACUGAGUCACUUAGACAUGGUCAGAUUUCUGAUGCCGGCAAGAGUCUUCUACUGGCAAGAACGUGGUGUGGUGAAACGUUUGAUGGGUGGCCUGCCAGGAGCACAAGACGAUCUAAAUUCUCGUGUGGCCAGAAACUCUCUAAGCUGUGACAGUUUCAAACGCAGAGCAUGCUUAAAAUUCCGUCUGGAAGACACCAAUGGCGCUUCUGCAGAUGCUGAAUUGGCGAUGAAAGUCGCUUUCAGCAGCCAAAGCACGACCAAAGCACAGACUUCACGUUCGAUUUUUCCUCUCGUGCAUGUUGUCGACUGUCUUGGAAUGCUUCCGGUACAGUUCCUAGAUUUUACAUUGACCUGACGACUAACGAACAAGGCAAUAAUGCAUCACUCGCGGACGUAAAAGCAGUGACGAGGGCAACGAGUCCUGACAAAUAAGCCACAUGUUCAGCAUCACAACUGAACAUCAUCUGAUGGGCCUGUCGACGUUCCAACACAGAUUUUAGUCACGUCUUCAGAAUGGCUUUGAAAUCCCUUGGAUUUCACAGUAGGGCGCUUGUAAUUGAGGUGGUGAAGUGAAUUCCGCAGGAAAUGAAAGUCAAGGGAAAGCGUUGGACUGCUCAAGUUCGACACCAUCUUACACUGCCCUCAUGGACACUGCAGUUUUGUUCUACACUGAAGGUGUGUGCUGCUGAGAUUAACAGGCCGGCACAUCAUCCCAUCAUGAUGAAACUCUGGAUAAAGUCUUUUUUACUCUACAGCAGAAUUAUUCGCAGCAAAAUUCGGAGGAUACUGUCAACACAAGCAGGACAAGCUUUCCAAUCCAACAAUCACAGUGUAUCAAAUAUGUUACCGUGAGAUGGAUGAUAUAGUCCAUCUAAUUUAAUACCAACGACGCAUACCCGCGAUUCCAAACACGAUACACUAUCCACAACGUCGUCAUUAAGUUGGUAUUAGAUUAAAAAGAUAAUUAAUGUUAUAAUAGAUGUCACAUUCAGUUUUCGCAAGUUUAUGUGUGUGGUGCAAACCGCUACACAAGGAGUCCAGAAAGCAAAGUUUGCCUUAUUUGAUCUGAUGUACUAUAUAAGCAGGUGACAAUGUGGAGCAGCAGUCAGGAUAUGCAAGCAUCGGUAAACAGAUAGGCAUCAAGGGCUGUACGGAAGGGAACUCCUCAUCCACUUGGCAGAUUCACUUCAUUCCGCCUUUUAUCAUCGUACAUUGUAAUGCUCUUCUUCUGCCGGAUAAAUUGUCCCUCCAUGUUCAUGUCGGAUCCGAGGAAUACUCUUAAAGGAAGUUGUGGGACGAGUAUC